AUGCCGUGUUUUUUUUUUCUUAAAAUUCUAUUAUUUAAAUAUUUUAAUUUACAGAAUUCAAGUAAAUACCUGCUGUGGAUGUUUUUCAUUAAAAACCGGCACGAUAUUCACCGGAAUAUGUGGAAUAAUACUAUCAAUAAUAACAUUAAUCCUGAUAUUUACCCUCAACAUCGAGCUGAAGAUGAUAGUGCUCGACAUACUCGACAAAUCAAUCGUGAAGAUCAUCUUUGCGAUAAAUCUCUGCAUGACGAUAUUAAUCUCAUCAUUAUUGAUUGUUGGGGCGCUCAAAAAAAACACGUUCAUGAUGCUGCCCUGGGUUGUAUUAGGAUUAAUGUUAGCCAUCGGAGCACUCCAAUUUAUACUUACUUGUGGGUAGUAGUAUAUUGCUUCUUCCAACAAUUGAGAAUCGAGAAGAACAAUGUGAAAGUCGGGCCUUACGGGCGACCUUACAAUUAUCGACGGCCAUAA